UCUGUCAACUAACCUGUCGCAAGUGUACAGUGAUACAUUUUUGUAGUUUAUUGUUAUUACAGUAUUAUUAAUAAUACUCUCAUAAGUGUCAUUAACGAUCUUGAAAUUUUUUAAGAACAAUCUAAGAGUCUAUAUUAUCUCACAACUGGAGAUUCAUCAAAUACUGUAGUUAUUCUUUCAGUUAAAUAGAAAUUGAUCACAAUGGACGAAGAUACAACAUGUAUAAAUUGCACCAAAUUAAAACAUCUGGAAAAAAUGAGGUUUUUUUUUAGAGAGAAUGCCUGUUGCUUACAUCAAAAUAUUCUUAUAGUCCAAAAUCAAGAAAAUGGAGCAUUUGAAUAUUUGAUUGAUUUGAUGCAAAAUGUCUAUCAUCAAUCUCCUCAUUUAUCCGAACAUCAAGUUUUUUGUUUGCUAUAUAACGUUGACAAUAAAUUCCAGCUGAUCAAGAAACUGCAGAAAAAUGGUUUCCAUUCAUAUUUCGCUUCAGUUCUGGCAUUAUUAAUGAAUAACGAGAUUUUCGUUCGUCAUAUAACCGAUUUGGAUUCGCCUGAGAAUGUGAGUGAAUUGGAUCACUUUAAAAAUCCAAAGCAGGAACUUACAAAUUUGACUGAAAACCAAACGUUAAUGUCAAAGUUAAAGACAAAAAUUAUGUUUCACGUUGCACGUAAACUCAACUGCAAAAUAAUUUUGUUAGAUAAUUUAUUGGAAGAUACAUCAACCCAGAUAAUAAAUAAUACAGUUCUUGGAAUAGGUAUUGCAAAUAUGUUACCAAAGCAAAGAAAACUUAAGAAUUCUUCUAUAAAAGUCUACUCACCUCUUCAUGUUAUGACAAUAGAGGAAAAGAACGUGUUAAUUACAAAGGACAAUUGUAAAAAUAGUAAUUUGUAUUUACGGAAGAGUCUUAUGGAUAUGACAAAAGAAUUUCUUGACACAUUACAUUUACAUUCGAGUUUCAAGUGUGCUGUUGUAUCAAAUAUUAGCGAUAAAUUAUCAAUAUCUCCCAAUCGUUGGAUAGAUAGUUUUUGUUCAUUUUGUUUCAGAAAAAUUCAAUUAGAUAAUUUAAGCAACGGUAGUGCUACACAGGUUGCUAAAUUUUUAACUCAAUAUCUAUCAAAUGUCCAACCACGUGACAAUGUUUUAUUCGGAGCAAUGAAACUUUGUGACAUUUCAAAACAAGUAAUAUUAAAUUUUAAUAAAAAUAGUAAAAUAAUUGAAUCAGGGCAAAUCAAUUUGACAUGUGAUAAUCAUGUACAAAAGCUUUGUUAUACGUGUUGCUCAAUAUUUUUAGUUGCUCAUGUUAAAAAUUGUACAAUAGGUCUUUUUCCUUCUAAGCUUUUAGAGAUUAUGUAAUAAAUGUUUAAAUAUUCAUUUAAUAAAAAUGGUUCUAAAUAUAA